CUCAGGGUGAUGGGUCCUACCGGAUCAGGGAAAACCAACUUUAUCAACCGGCUCAUGGGAAGGGGCGAGGAUGGUGCAGCACAUGGACUCAAGUCCCAUACGCAAGCCGUUAGAGAGCAUAUAGUCAACCUAUCCAAUAACCAACAAUAUGUGUUGGUGGACACCCCGGGAUUCGAUGACACUUAUCGAUCAGACCGAGACAUACUAAAGACAAUUGCUGACUGGCUAGAGAGGAAAUACCGCAAUGAUGUCAAACUCACAGGUAUUAUCUACACGCAUCGCAUAACAGACAACCGGAUGUCCGGAUCAGUGUGUAAAAACCUUGACAUGUUCGGCGGGUUGUGUGGAGACACGGCGGCCGAGCGCGUGCGAUUGGUGACCACUAUGUGGGACAAGGCGAAAGAUAAGAAUAUCGCAGAGAACCGAGUGUCGCAACUAGAGACAAACUUCUGGAAGCCGCUAAUUGAUGCUGGGGCUCGCCAUGAACGAUUCAACAACUCUUCGGGUUCCGCGUGGAAAAUUGUUCGAGGUUUGACGGGGGGUGGGGAGGCCGUUUUGCUUCAGGAGGAGCUGGUGGAUGUGGAAAUGAAGCUAAACGAGACGACUGCCGGGAAAGCCCUCUACUUGCAAUUCCAGAGGCUCCUACAUGAACAAAAGGAAACAAUCAAACAGCUGCAGGAAGAAGCCAAGGCGCAGAAAGAUUCGGAGUUGAUGAAGCAGCUCCAGGCGGAGCAACGGCGCUUGGAAGCUCAGUUGCAAAUGAUGUUGGGUAAUGUGGACGAACUGAAGAUCCCAUUCGCAAGGCGUGCAGCCCUCCUAUUCACUAAAAGAACCCAGGCCCUACCUGUGAGUGUUUGA